AUGAGUAACGAAAGGAGAUCGAAGCUCACCUAUCGGGAACACCCCGACGAUGCUUCAGACGCAGUGAAUGUAACGAGAAACCCGAUGAACUUCAGUGAAUACCAGUUAGUGAAUUUGGUUAGGAGAAUAGGAGUUGGUUACAGGUCAGUUGAAACCGUUCGAAGUCACUUAGUUAAGAUAGUUAGUUAUUCUGUUUUGACAAUUGGGAAACAAUGGCCAACUGUUAUGUUAAUGCAGGGGCUAGUUUUUUGUAGUUGGUUUUCUGUAUUAACAGUUAAGAAGUAUGGCAAUUCAGUUGUAAAUCGAUUAAGAGGGCUAUGCGAAUUUGGGAAGCAGGUGUUUAUUUGGAUCGAAUUUGUACAGGGUUGUCUUGACAUGAUUCAAUUGGCUCUUGGAGCUCGGGGAAGACUUUUGAAGGGAGCAAGAGAAGGUUAA